GUUCGGUAGGUUUGAAAGCGCGAUGCAGGCAGCGCCGACGUUCGAGCCGGAGGCGGUCAUCUCGGCGGCGAAGCAUCAGAUCAUCUCAAGCAAUUACAAGGAGGUCGACCAAGCGCGGUCCACGGUGUUCUCCAUCUUGGCCAAGUGCGACGAACCCACGUCCAUCGCGUUGUACAUGCAGUUCGCCGACUUGGAAAUCGAACUCCGCCAGUUCAAACAAGCGACCAAAGUGCUGGAGCAAGCCGUGGUGACGCAUCCCUUGUCUCCGGUGCUGUGGAAGAGGUAUGUUGGGUUUUGCUUGGAGCGGCAAAAGCAUAGCAAUGCCAAGAAGCUGGUGGUGCGCGCCAUCGAACUCCUCCCGGAGCCGAGUCAUGGCGAACUGUGGGGGCUGCUCGAGCAAAACGAGCAUACUCAGGGAGACGUAGGUGCACUCAAAGCCCAAGUCGCCGCCGGACCAGUGUCGGCGGCUGUAGUAGUAGCCCCGCCUAGUACUACUACUAGUACUUUGGCUAGUAUUCCUACCAAUACUCCCGUCGAAGCUACAGUCGCUCCUACUAUUUCGCCCCCGGAACAGAAAGCGACGGAAUAUUUCACGAAAUUGCCCGAAACGCUGCCAAUUACUCCAGAAUGUCCGCAUUUGCUGUUUGAUCCGCUGGAUACGUCGGGUCCGCUGCCGCCCAAUAUAUCGUACCAUUUGGAAGACUUUAAAUUGAGCGACGCGGUCUUUCGAGAAGUAUUGCGACUGCACGACGCCCAACGCCAGAAAGAAGUGGAUACUUUGUAUCGCUGGCAGGAUCUCAUUGCCAUGCAGAUGAAAGAAGGCAGCGAAUUGCACCGCCGCCACGUUACCCCCGACACUGCAGUCGUGGACUCGGAGCAUCUAAUUCAACGACAUGAGUUUACGUUGCGAGCGGCGUCUUCCCAGUCGCAAUUCAUUGAAAUCACCGCCAUGGACCGGAACAAUCAGCUGUCGGCGCAGCAAAGCGCCUUGGCAGCGUUGCGUGUGCCACUGAUGGCAGUGUCGAAAGAUCCGUCCGUCGUAACUGACCAGCGUCGAGUGGUGCAUUGGCUGCUCGAAGCGGAACGGACGUGGCGCCGUCCACCGCAACAACAAGCUCCACGAGCCAUGGGCGACCCACGUCGUUCGCCUCCAAGACGAGUGGACGAGCACCAAUACCAUCCGUACGGAGGACGUCCCCACCCGCAGCGCCCUAUAGGAGGAGGUCGCGGCGGACGUGGAGGACACCGAUAAAGUUCCAACAGGAAUGGAAGGCUUAAUGAAUCGAAUGCUGUUAAAAGCUUAUGAAGCUUGCACUUUUACACUUAGG